UCGCCUUCUCGGCGUCAUCGAAGCUCUCCGCAGGCCUUCGCAGUUCGCACGAUUACCGCCGUUUGCCGUACAACGGUCGUCUCAUCACUUGUCAGACUCCUCUAUAUCAUCGCAAGUCCGUGACCGUUGCCUUCUGCCCUUCUCCUCCUUCACAAGAUCUCCUGGUUCGCGAAGAGAUCUGCUUCGUUUCUUUGCCUGAGGUUAAUUGGGUUUGAUACUAAUGAAGGAGAAGUCCCAGCAAGAGGAUGAAUCUCGCAAUGGAAGUGAAAGUCACGGCAAGAAAGAUGACGAGGAAGCGGCUGCACGCCAUGAUGAAAUGAAAAAAUCAAUUGAGGCCAAAAUGGCUUUACGUCAAAGCAAUUUGAAUCCUGAAAGGCCUGACUCAGGAUUUCUUAGGACACUGGAUUCCAGCAUCAAGCGCAACACCGCAGUUAUUAAGAAACUGAAGCAAAUCAAUGAAGAGCAACGGGAAGCCCUGAUGGAUGAGUUGCGAAGUGUCAACUUAAGCAAAUUUGUCAGUGAAGCUGUGGCAGCUAUAUGUGAAGCCAAACUUAGAUCAUCAGAUAUUCAUGCAGGAGUUCAGAUUUGCUCUUUGCUUCACCAAAGAUACAAGGACUUCACACCAAGCUUGAUUCAAGGGCUUCUCAAAGUUUUCUCCCCUGGGAAAUCUGGGGAUGAAUCUGAUGCAGAUAGAAACUUAAAGGCAAUGAAGAAGCGUAGCACUCUGAAACUUCUGUUGGAACUUUAUUUUGUUGGUGUUAUAGAAGAUUGUGGUAUUUUUAUCAACAUUAUAAAAGACCUUACCAGUGCAGAACAGCUAAAAGACAUAGAUUCUACACAAACUAGUUUGACUCUUCUUUCUAGCUUUGCUCGCCAAGGGAGAAUAUUUUUAGGACUUCCUAUUACUGGACAAGAAAUUCAUGAAGAGUUUUUGAAGGGACUGAACAUCACAGCUGAUCAGAAGAAAAUUUUCCGAAAAGCAUUUUAUGCAUUUCAUGAUGCUGCAGCAGAACUGCUUCGAUCUGAGCAUGCGUCACUUCGACUAAUGGAGCACGAAAAUUCUAAGAUCUUAAAUGCAAAGGGGGAGCUUAGUGAUGAGAAUGUCUCUGCAUAUGAAAAGCUUCGAAAAUCUUAUGACCAUUUAUAUCGUAAUGUCUCAUCAUUAGCAGAAUCUCUGGACAUGCAACCUCCAGUAAUGCCAGAGGAUGGUCACACAACUAGGGUUACUAGUGGUGAGGAAGCUGUUUCUUCUGCUGCUGGGAAAGAUUCUUCUGGUGUUGAGGCCAUAUGGGAUGAUGAAGAUACUAGAGCAUUCUAUGAAUGUUUACCUGAUCUUAGAGCAUUUGUUCCUGCUGUGCUAUUGGGGGAAGUUGAGCCGAAAAGCAAUGAACAACCUGGAAAGAGUCAAGACCAACCAACUGAGCCAGUGUCUGAAUCAGACAAACGUCAACCAGUUACACUAGAAAGUGGAGAUGUCUCCGCAGAGCCCAGUGUGUCCCCAGAGCCAGAAACAGCUGAAAGAGUGAAAGAUAAGGAUGAUAAAGAGAAGUCUAAAGACUUGGACAAAGAGAAGGGAAAAGAAAAAGAAAACGACAAAAAGGGGGAAAAUGAAAAGGAGAAUCUUAGAAAUCUUGAAGGGACUAGUUUGGAUGCUUUGCUGCAGAGGCUCCCAGGUUGUGUGAGCCGAGACCUUAUUGAUCAAUUGACUGUAGAAUUCUGUUAUUUAAACUCAAAGUCAAAUCGGAAAAAGCUUGUUAGGGCAUUGUUCAAUGUACCAAGGACAUCUCUGGAACUUCUACCUUAUUAUUCACGAAUGGUUGCCACACUUUCAACAUGCAUGAAGGAUGUCUCCUCCGUGCUCUUGCAGAUGUUGGAGGAGGAAUUCAACUUCUUAAUAAACAAAAAGGACCAAAUGAACAUUGAGACAAAGAUAAGGAACAUACGGUUCAUUGGAGAACUAUGCAAGUUCAAAAUAGCUCCAGCGGGCCUUGUCUUCAGUUGUUUGAAGGCUUGUUUAGAUGAUUUCACUCAUCACAACAUUGAUGUAGCUUGCAAUCUCCUUGAAACCUGUGGUCGUUUCUUAUAUCGAUCCCCUGAAACUACAAUACGUAUGGCUAACAUGUUGGAGAUACUGAUGCGCUUGAAAAAUGUGAAAAACCUGGAUCCCAGACAUAGUACUUUAGUGGAGAAUGCCUACUACCUUUGCAAGCCACCAGAGAGAUCUGCACGAGUUUCUAAAGUCCGUCCUCCAUUGCAUCAGUAUAUCAGAAAAUUACUUUUCUCUGAUCUUGACAAAUCUACCAUUGAGCAUGUGUUGAGGCAACUUCGUAAGUUGCCAUGGAGUGAAUGUGAAUCAUACCUUUUAAAAUGCUUCAUGAAGGUUCAUAAAGGAAAAUAUGGUCAAAUCCAUCUGAUAGCUUCUCUCGCUGCUGGUUUAAGUCGCUAUCAUGAUGAAUUUGCAGUGGCUAUAGUUGAUGAGGUUUUGGAGGAGAUUAGACUUGGGCUGGAGCUAAAUGACUAUGGGAUGCAGCAACGAAGACUUGCCCAUAUGCGAUUCCUUGGGGAGCUUUAUAAUUAUGAGCAUGUUGACUCCUCUGUUAUAUUUGAGACGCUAUAUCUAGUUCUUGUUUUUGGUCAUGGAACUCCAGAGCAAGAUGUGUUGGAUCCACCGGAAGAUUGUUUUCGUAUCAGGAUGGUUAUAACUCUUCUUGAAACUUGUGGACAUUACUUUGACCGAGGAUCUUCUAAGAGAAAACUUGAUCGAUUCCUCAUACACUUUCAGAGGUAUAUUCUAAGCAAAGGUGCACUGCCAUUGGACAUUGAAUUUGAUUUACAGGACCUGUUUGCGGACUUGCGUCCCAAUAUGACACGAUACACAUCAAUUGAGGAAGUGAAUGCAGCUCUUGUAGA